UACCAAUAACUGUUGAACGAAAAUAUGGGUAACAAUAGCAGAUUACAUAUAACGUAUAAAAGUAUUAUUGAAUAAUGCUAUUAUAGAACUUGAUUGUUUAUAAUAAGUUAAGUUAAAAAUGAAAAGGUCCAACAACUUUAUACAAGUAGAUUUUUUAAGACUCCUUUAUAGAUUAUUAGCUUUGAUACUCCAUCUGAACCCGAAAUUAGGUUAAUCUUCACACGUGUACGCAUAUAAGUGGCAGAUCACUGCCAACUCAGAGCCUCUCAACAAACCAAAACCUGCUUCGUCCCGGUAAAGUCGAGCUCUAGGGGCAAAUUCGUAAAUACAGGGAAUUAUCAAGACCUCAACAAGUUGUUAUUUCCCGCCACGAUAUCGUUACGCGAGUCUCCACUCGUCACUUUCAUUAAUCUCUGUAACUGACAUCAAGAAGGAGCUCUCUGAAACAACGACAAUGGCCGCCACCAUCGUAUUCAUCCUCAUGCUCGCGAUCACCUCCUCAACCGCCGUGGCCGAGACGCAGGGACCUUCUUCUUCUCCACCGGCUCCGACUUGCUCGGAGGAGCUGGUUAUGUUCUCUCCAUGCAUCCCUUACGUCUCGGCUCCGCCAAACAACAUCUCAAAGACGCCGGAUGCUCUUUGCUGCUCUGUUUUCUCCACUUCUGUUCAUUCCGCCGCCGGAAAGUGCCUCUGUUAUCUUCUCCGCCAGCCGAUGAUCCUCGGAUUCCCGCUCGAUCGAUCUAGAUUGCUUUCUCUUUCUCAGAUCUGUACCGAAUUCCAGAGUUCCGACGAAUCUUUCGAGUCUCUUUGCUCUCCCUCAGUGUCGCCUGAGCUUCCGCCGCUUCAGAGUAUCCAGUUCACGUCUCCCUUUGACUACGGUGAUCGAGACUCUGCCUCUCCUCAAUCGCUUGGCUUACCACCGGAAACCGCUAAGGAUCCACCAACCUCCGAUCAGUUCUCGCCUGAUAUUGAUAACGUCUCACCACAACUCAUCAUUAACGGCUCUCCAAUGAUCAGCAACCUGUUGUUGUUUCUCACGACCAUCAUCAUGACUUUGGCCACUUGUAUCCUCACUCGCAUCUGAUACGAUUUGUUAUUACUUUCCUUCCAUAUACAAAAGCAUAGCAUGUUCUCUCUUAUAAGAAAAAUGUUUCCAUUUCAAAGUAUAUAAUAUCAUAGCAUCAUUAUCUGGGAACUAAGCUUUUGAAGUUUCAACAUAAAAAGCAAAUGUAAGCUUAGUAAAAGAAAAAAAAAGCAAACAUAACAGA